GUGAACGUCGCGAUGACGGCACUGAACCAAUGGAUGUAAUGGUCAGUACAACCGCUGAAACACAGAACAAGACCGAAGUCGAAAAAGAAGACGAAAGUCAAAAUGAUGGUAUCGAUUCUGGACCGAGUAGUGGAAGCACCGGACAGUUGGAAAAAGACUCGGAUAACGACAUUUCUCAAAUAGAGCACAACGUUCAAAGCGAUCGGGAACAAAGCACAUCUGUUGGCAGUUCUGAACCAAACGAUAAAGACGAAAGUCGUAGCCAAGGUGAUAUCGAUUCAGGCGAACAUUCAGAUGGCCACAUUUCUCAGUUUGAUUUUGGCGCGGACCAUGUUCAAAGCGAUCGUGAGGAAGACUCAUCUUUGGAAACAAGCAGUUUGUCGGAAUGCUGCGUUGGAUUCAACGAACAAGAUGUUCGAGCUGCAAAGAAGAACUUUGUUGAAAGUCAACGCUUCUACAAGAAAGUUAAUGGGUUCGUGUCAACUGUCUCGUAUAAUGAAGAUGACAACGGCAAGAAAUGUUAG